CAACAAUUUUUUGCCUGUACUACAUGUAAUUCAGCAACAGGUGUUUUAAAGUAUAACAUCCACAAUCGUGAAAAGAAUAUUAUAGACAUCGAUCCCGUCUUGUUCUGUGCGUUGUGGUCACAAUGUUAGGACUUUUCUUGUCCGUUUUACGAAUGCUACAACUCGGUGUCACAGAGUCUACUGACCCUCCAACUGGUCAUCUGCAGCCUUUGGGUGGUCAUCGUCAACCCAUGACGUCAAUCGAAGAACGAGAUACUUUUCCUUCUCCGAAAGAAAUGUUUGAAAAGUAUGUAAAACCUAGUAAGCCGGUCAUCUUCCGAGGAAUCUUAGAAAAGGGAAUGUUUCCAGCGUACAAACUUUGGACUGAUUCUUAUUUGAGGGAACACUAUGGGUCAGAGACAGUUGAUGUGGAAACCGGGAAAAAAGAGAACAGACGUGGCAACAUGUUGAGAAUCACUAUGUCCGAGUUUCUGGACAGAUAUCCAAAGGACGAUAUUUACAUGGUCUACGACGCAUCUGAGGGAAUGACCAAGGAAAUAAACAUGCCGUCAAUGUUGCUUUGUGGGGGUUUCCAGAAAAUGGUACAGAAUGUCAUCAUGUGGUUCAGCAGCGGAGGCACAAAGUCUGUGCUACACAACGACGGUCUGGACAAUGUCAAUUGCCUGAUUGAUGGCGAGAAAUACUUCGUCAUGAUCGACAAGAAAUACAAGGCAGACGUGGAAAACGCAGGUUGGGUUAAAAAUGGGGCAUACAGUAAUGUGGAUGUAGAGAAAGUGGACCUGUACAAAUUUCCGAAAUUUCGGGAUUUACCUUGGUAUGAAAUUAAGAUGCAUAGGGGAGAUUGUCUUUUCAUACCAUACAAAUGGUUUCAUCAUGUAGACUCCAGAAAAGGACGGAAUUUUGCUAUAAACAUUUGGUUCCACCACCUCAAAAAGUUCAACGAGAGUGACUGCAGCAAUGUUAACCCAGACGAACAGAAAUUUGUGUCCGUAUCUCAGUUUAAAAGAGGAAAUGGCGUGAGCGAGUUUAGAGAAUUCCUCUCGGGUGAACUAGAAGACCUAGAGUCGAUGGAUUUACAAAGUUUUGAAAACCUUUUAAAGUCGACUGGAUAUCUACAGCGAAAGGAAAUUGAAAACCUAUUUAAACUGAUAGACGCCGAUAAAGACGGCAAGGUGACAGAAUACGAGUUGGAGCUGGCUGAUAUAGAAAAGGCUUUGAUGGAGAUUCCAGCAAUACAAAGACUUCUAGAGGAUGACAGUAUUGAAGAGGAGGACCGUGAGGAUGACGACCAUUUGUCUCCCGACGCCGAUAGAAAAAUACAGAAAGACAACGACCAUCUUGUCAAUUUCCGUAAUGCCCCCAAGCAGAACAUGAAUAAAAAAGCGGAACUUUAAAAGUCGUAAUCAAAAUCUUCUUCAAAGAUACCAUUUAAUCUUUGUUUGCCUUGUCGCUCUUUGUUAUCCCCACGCAGUAGAAUCACUUGAUAUAUAGUAGUAACUUGUGUGCACAGCUAGAAUAUAUAUAUAUAUAUAUAUAUAUAUAUAUAUAUAUAUAUACACACACCGGUAUGUCUACUUGUACAUAUAUAUAUAUACUGUACAAUGCUUAUAAUUAAUUUUUUUUUUAAACCAACCAAUUAGUAUUAUGCACUUUUAAGUAAGAGAAAUCUAGAAAUACUUUUGAAAAUUAAAGUUUUAAUUAUAA